UCUCGGUAGUCUCAAAGAUGGCGAACGUGGUGCUGGAGUAUAAGGCUGCUGCCGGUGACUCCGACCCACAGAGUCGUCCUGUCCUGAUUAUCGGGCAGCAGACCAACCUGCAGCAAGUCAACUGGAGCCAAAUCAAAGGAAAACUGCAGCCGGUGGUCAGCAAAGAGAUCUGGCAGGCGGCUCUUGGUGUUCUGAACCCAAACCCCACGGACAGCUGUCCCCUGUACCUCAACCAUGCUACGGUGGCCGCCCUUCCUUCACGGGUCAGCAGGCACAACAGCCCAUCUUCUGCCCACUUCCUCUCCCGCCUGGUCCGCUCCUGCCUGCCUGGAGGGAACAACCGCUGCAUUGUGAUGGUGUGUGAACGCGCAGAUGUGUUUGCGUCCUCCUGUGCCAUUGCCAGGGCCUUCCCCAUCUUCUCUCGCCGCUCCACAUCCUCACGCAGGACUGAGAAGAAGCACGUCACUGUGGAGUUUGUGAUCACCGGGCAAGACCGCAACCCUCUGGAGGCUGCAGAACUCAAGUGUCUGUCCAACGCUGCGGAUGGAGUGCGGCUGGCAGCUCGCAUCGUGGACACACCAUGCAAUGAGAUGAACACAGAUCAUUUCUUAGAUGAAAUCAAGGCAGUGGGAACUGAACUUGGAAUAACUCCAGUGAUCAUUCGUGGAGAGGAACUAAAACAAAAAGGGUUCGGAGGUAUUUAUGGAGUUGGCAAGGCGGCAGAGCAUCCUCCUGCAUUAGCAGUGUUGAGCCACACACCAGAUGGUGCAACCCAAACCAUUGCAUGGGUGGGAAAGGGCAUCGUGUAUGACACUGGCGGACUCAGCAUCAAGGGAAAGACCACAAUGCCUGGCAUGAAGCGAGACUGUGGUGGAGCUGCUGCCAUCUUGGGAGCUUUCAAAGCUACCAUUAAACAAGGCUUCAAGGAUAAUCUGCAUGCAGUGUUUUGCCUCGCAGAGAACUCAGUUGGACCCACAGCCACACGACCUGACGACAUCCACACUCUCUACUCUGGAAAGACUGUGGAGAUCAACAACACGGAUGCAGAGGGCAGGCUGGUGCUGGCUGAUGGAGUGGUGUACGCCACCAAAGACCUGUCAGCUGAUAUUAUUCUGGAUAUGGCCACGCUGACAGGGGCACAGGGGAUCUCCACAGGGAAGCACCAUGCAGCUGUGAUGACUAACAGCGAGCAGUGGGAGGGUGCAUGUGUGCGCGCUGGUCGCAGCAGCGGAGAUCUCGCUCACCCUCUGGUUUACUGCCCCGAGCUGCACUUCAGCGAGUUCACCUCUGCCAUGGCUGACAUGAAGAACUCUGUGGCAGACCGUGAGAACGCCCAGAGCUCCUGUGCUGGCCUCUUUAUUGGAUCCCACCUGGGCUUUGAUUGGCCUGGUGUCUGGGUCCAUGUUGACAUCGCCUCCCCCGUUCAUGUUGGGGAGCGAGCCACAGGAUUCGGCGUUGCUUUGCUCAUGGCCCUGUUUGGUCAGGCAUCAGAUGACUCCAUGCUGAACCAAGUGUCUCCUCUGGGUGUAGCCGCCAACAUGUCUGAAGACCAAAUGGAGCGUGACUGCAAAAGGAGACGACUGGUGUAGAAAACACAGAACGGUUUACACACCUUAAACUGUUGAAGCGAGUGUUCCUCCAGUUAGGGUUAAAACGUUUUAAACUGUGAUUCAACUUUCUGUGGGGUUUUUUUUGGAUGAAAUUUGACGAAAUAAAACGGAUAAUCAUGCAUUUGACAGUUGAUUGGAUGAGUAAAUCAGAUGUGUUAAACAUGAUUAUGACAAACACAGCCCCGAUCACUUCUCCUCAUUACUUGGCACUUACUGCACGAUCACCUCUGUAGUGUCUUCAUUAUUAUAAAAUCUGUUUAUCUUUGUGACAAUUCAUUCAGGUUUUGGUAAUCUUCAUUUUUAUUUCAGCAGUAAUUCUUUCAUAAUUGUUCAUAUUUUACAGUUAAAGACAGCUUAAAGUUUUACCUCACAAAAGAAAAAUCCACUCACUGAUGAGGUACUGAUGUCAGUUCAUACUUGGUGCAAAUCAAAAUUAUACAUGUUUAGAUAUUGUAAAAACAAAUACUGGAUCACUAUCAGUAAUGUUUUUUUAUGGUAACCACUAUACUUUGUAUUCAUCCUGUGAAUAGCUUAACUGUGGAGCACACAUAAUGUGAUCUCUGAACCAAACUGAGAGUUUAGUGCUCACUGCAGUUUUUAACAGUUUCACAAUCCUGUCAUAUGAUUAAUGGAGCAGUGUUGCCACAUAUGCUCGUCAGCACAAAAUACACAUUCAACAUAUUAACUGUAAGUGUUUGACAGAUCCCAGCUCAAGUAUGUUUGUCCACCCAUGUGACAAUCUUGUUGUCCUUCAAUAAAGGCGGUGCCAUCUGA